UAAGGGUGAAUGCAAGUGACUGAACGUGAAUGAGGGUGUAUGAAUGAUCGUGGAUGAGGCUAAACGAAGGUGAAUAAGAGGAAUGAAUGAAAACAAUGGGUGAACUAGGUAUUAUCAGCGGGAUUGGGUAUGGUCAGCGGUUUAUUAUCAAAAGGCUCGGAGCCAUUCCUACAAUUAAUGGCUAGUUGUAGACAGAGAGUGCAUGGCAUUUUGUUUGACUUUGACGACACGCUUGUCCCAACUCUGGAAGCUAAUCUGUAUGCCUUCAAUAAGGUAAAGGAUAAGCUGCUUGAAUACUUUGCUGCAAACGAUGCUGAGAACGUUGCUUCCAAAUACUAGACGCUAGUCACCAAGACACAUCGUUGGCCGCCCGAUUCUUCCAAACAUGGUUCUCAUGAAUGGCGUGUGAAAUUAUGGGAAAGUGCGCUUUCUAGUGAAGAAAAUACUUCCUCUUACGACAACGCGAAACCUUCAGCAGCUGAAAUGUAUGAGUUAUGGAGAUCGGCACGUCUAGAGAAAGUGGUGUUUACUGACGAAAUUACUUCGCUUUUACAAGAGCUCGCAAAAGACUACAAAGUCGCAAUUGUUACAAAUAGCGACUCGGUUAUCCAGCGAGAAAAGCUAGCUGCGUGUGGAGCUGAGAAAUUCUUCAAGACGAUCGUGAUAAGCGGUGAUCAAGGUCAUCCCAAACUCCAUGCUUCUAUUUUCCAUACUGCCUGCUCACUUAUCUCUGUUCGGCCCGAGAACUGUAUCAUUGUAGGAGACAGCUUGUCUCAUGAUGUACAGGGUGGUCAGAAUGCAGGUUUCAUGGCCACUGUUUGGAUCAAACUUGAAGGAAGCAGCUGCAAUGAAGGGGACCCACAACCUGAUUUUGUUGUAGCUUCUGUUUUGAAUUUGCCCGAGAUACUGGAUGAAUUAAAUUCUUAGUCCAUAGCUAGUCUGUAAAUGGAUUAAAAUGGACGAUCUUGAGUUGCA